GGAACUUGCGGUUUUAUUAUUAACUAUAAUUACAGUUAUGCGAUCGCAUUAAAACUCUCCGAAUAACGAAUAUUGCGUACUCUCAUCUCCAUCCCUGUCGAGAUCAAAUUGGUCGCUAUAAAACCGGAGUUGUCAGAAUCAACUGUUUCAGUUUCACGAACGCUCGUACAAUUUUACAAAUUUCUAAUGAUCCGAAAGGCGGCACUAUUAGCGAUGGUCUUGGUAGGAGUUCGAAGCGAACCGCAAGGCCCGGCCUAUCUUCCGCCCAGUCCUCGGCCAGGAGGAGGCGGGACCGGUCAUCCUGACGAAUGGGCCGGUGAUCCAGCGAACUAUGAGUUUUCGUACGAGGUCCAGGACGCGGCGGCCGGUCUGGACUUUGGCCACCACGAGAUAAGGAAGGACAUGGAGGCCACUGGCGCUUACCACGUGCUACUGCCAGACGGUAGAACUCAGAUCGUCGAUUAUAUCGCUGAUCAGAACGGAUAUCGGCCAAUGGUGCGAUAUGAGGGUACGGCCACUUAUCCCGCACCAGGACCAGCGGGACCCGGGCAAGAAGAGGGCUACAGAUAUUAGAGUCCUAGCUCCUUACUGAGAGUGAUUAAGUAUCGAUCUUUAGCGUUUUAAAAAAGAUCAGUUAAGUAUCGUUAGAGAUGCUCUUAAAAUACACAAGAAACAUGAUCUAGUAAAUCAUGAAUAGACUUGUCAAAUAGACAGUCGAAUAAUCAUUAAUGAAUUUGUCGAAUAAUAGGACGAAAAAUAUCCUGCGGACGAUCUCGAGUAAAAUAAGGGAAUAAUUUUUGCUUCGAAAAGAUCAAAAAGUGUUCCAGCGAAACGUUCGCUAUGAUCGUGAUAGUGACGAGUUUAUCUGUAAUGUAUAAUAAA